AUCCAACCUCAGGCUUAGUUGGACUUGGGUGUUGGAAGUGAAUUUAUUCUAGAGAUUAUUUUAAUACUCAAUUAUAGAUAUAAUUCAUUAACAUACAAAAUUAAUUAAAUGAAUUAAAUUUUAUGCCGGUCCACUUCAUUCCGGCCCAAGGCAGAGUUAUCGGGAGAGGCGGUUUGUUCCUUGCUGAGCCGACGCAGCAACUUGCCCUUCCGUUCUCCGGCGACUGGCAACCUUCUUUGACACCGUAUUUUGAGAUAGCUGCCGCACCCUGAAAAUGCUGCAAUAUUACCUCAUAUAGCUAAAGUUUCUGCUGCUGCUGCUGCUGCAUUAGCUUUGUGGUCCUUGAGUUACAAUUCCCAGGAGUCUUCGUUCGGCAGCAUGUGGAACUGUAACUGUAAGCUCAAGCACGGAUGAUUCAUUUCCCCUUCUAUUUGUUUCUCAUCAAUUAUUAUCCACUGGCUUCCUCCUAUGGCAAUAAAGCUCCCAUCUUCGGCACACCCUACUCGAUUCCUCAGAUGGGUUUAUCUCUCUUCAAGCUGUAUUGCUCAUAUUUCAGAAAUCCCUGCAAUUCUUAAGCCCAAGGAUUCAUCUGAAUUCGACCAAAAUCUGAACUUUUUGAGAAAUAAGCUUGCUCCAGAUAACUUAAUCCGGGUUUUGGACCGUACUAGCGAUUUGAACUCAGCACUGAGGAUAUUCAAAUGGGCUUCUCGUCAGAAGAGUUUUCACCACACCUCUCAGACAUAUUUUAGGAUAAUUUUGAAACUGGGUAUGGCUGGGAACGUUCUAGAAAUGAGGGAUUUUUGUGAAAAUAUGGUGAAGGAUAGGUGUUCAGGGGCAGAAGAAGCUCUUGUAGCACUGGUUCAUGAAUUUGUGGGGCAUUGUAGGAUUAAAGAAGCUAUUACAGUCUUAGGAAAAAUGACUUUGGAUGGUUAUAGGCCACCAAUUGAAGUUUUUAAUGUUUUAUUGGGUGCUCUUGUCAAAGGAGAGAAUAGAGAUUUUGAAAAUGCCUUGUUUGUUUAUAAAGAGAUGGUGAAGGCAUGUGUCUUGCCCACAGUCGACACUUUGAAUUAUUUGUUGGAGGUAUUAUUUGCCACCAAUCGGAUUGACUUGGCUUUAGAUCAAUUUAGAAGAAUGAACAAUAAAGGGUGCAAUCCAAAUAGUAAGACCUUUGAGAUUCUUGUAAAGGGUCUCAUUGAAAAUGGUAAAGUGGAUGAAGCUGCCACUGUUUUAGAGGAAAUGCUCAAACUCAAAUGUCAACCAGGUUUUAGUUUUUAUACCUGCACCAUACCUCUCUUUUGCAGAGAAAAUAAAGUAGAGGAGGCAGUUAAGUUGUUUAAAAUGAUGAAAGAUUCUGAUUUUGUGCCGGACUCUUUCAUUUACGAGGUUAUAGUACAAUGCUUUUGCAAAAACUUGCAGUUGGACUCUGCUGUAGACCUCAUAAAUGAGAUGAUAGAAAGCGGUCUGCCACCAAAACAUAAUGUUCUUGUUGAUAUGAUAAAUUGCUUUUGUGAAUUAGGGAAAAUUGAUGAGGCUGUGAUGUUUUUAGAAGAUACACAAGUUCAUGAAACUGCUCCUUUCAAUACGUUGCUUGAAGGUUGCUGCAGUGCUGGUAAAAUUCUGGUAGCAAAUGUUCUGCUGGAGACAAUGUCUGAGAGAAACAUAGCUGAUUGUCAAUCUUGGAAUAUUCUCAUUAGAUGGCUUUGUGAGAAUGAGGACACCAAGAAAGCAUAUAUCCUUCUUGGCAGAAUGGUCAAAUCCUUUGUUAUUCUUGAUCAUGCGACAUAUUCUGCUCUUGUUUUUGGCAACUGUAGAUUGGGCAAAUAUGAAGAAGCAAUGAAACUAUUUCGUCAAAUAUCUGCCAGAUGCUGGGUUUUAGAUUUUGCCUCUUAUUCUGAACUAGUUGGUGGCCUCUGUGACAUCAAACAUUCUCAAGAUGCCAUUGAAGUGUUUCACUAUAUGUCAAUGAAGAGAUGCUCUCUUCAUUUCUUCUCCUUCUACAAGUUGAUAAAAUGUGUGUGUGACAAAGGAGAGGUCAACAUAUCCAUAAAACUAUGGCAAUUAGCUUAUUUUUGUGGCAUUUCUUGUUGUAUUGCCACACACACUACUAUCAUGUCUGAGUUAUCGAAAUCAAGUAGGGAAAAAGACCUGUUAGCAUUCCUCUCACAAACGUUGAUGGUGGGCAGCGAUCUUGAUGUGGAAGCAUAUUGUAUCCUUAUUGAUAGCAUGAGUAAACAAAAUAAAGUAAAGGAAUGUGUUUUCUUUUUCAAUAUGAUGGUCAAUGAAGGCCUGAUACCUGAUCCAGACAGACUAUUUGAUCAACUGUCAUUCAUAGCGAAUCAUUGUCAGUUAUCUAUGAUUUCUAGUGCAAUUGAUAGAAUUUCUGAUGGUAACAUUUUGAAUUCAUCAAUGUAUAGCUUACUGAUAACUGGCCUGUUGAAAGAGGGUAAGGAGCAUGAGGCACGUAUAUUACUGGAUUCAAUGUUAGAAAAAGGUUGGCUUCCUGACGCAACCGCUCAUAAUUUAUUGAUUGGAUCUGAUGUCAGAGAAGGAAGGAGUCAAGCAAUGUUGUUUGAUAACUCUGCCUCGCAAGAUUCUGUUAGCAAUAUACUUGCCGAAGGCCUUGGAGAUACAUGAAACUUCUGCAUUCCAUAAAAAGAAUGUGAACUGCUUAACAUGCCAGUUUCAUCGAGUGCUGCUCCCUCCAUCAAGGCUUGUUUAUUUAGCACCCUGUCUUGCAGCAAAAAAACAAUUGUCUCUUAGAAAAUUCUUUCGAGAGAUUCAUGUGGACAAGAGUCAAUUUGGUCAGUCUUUUUGUCACACUCGAUGAAUUUUCAUUACUCUAUCCAUGGUAAUUUGGCAAUGCUGCCACCUGCUAUUUAAAAGAGAUAUACUUUUCGUGGUCACUUCCACUAUGGUUUACUGUCGUCCUACUUACUGAGGGUUCUGCCAAUCUGCCCCAUGCCAUAUGUGAUUCUCAGCGGUUAUUAGCUGAAUGGGACGGGAAAAUUGCUUUCAGAUUGCUGGAAAGUACUGUUCAUUGCUGAUUUAAUCUAGCAUGUUAGCAAGAGAAGCUGUCAAUAUUAUUUGAACACAACUAUCGAGCGGAGGCAAAAAUAAAAAAUAAAAAACCUAAAUGAGAUUUAUUUAUUUAUAGUAUAUAUAAACAAUAUGUAUUUUUUACGAGAGACAAUUCUCUUUAAGUCGGAUAGAAUCAUUAUAAUACUUGAAGAAAGAUGAUCUUUACUUAUAAGUUUCCAUUAUAGAAAUUGAUACCUUGAGAAAACUUGAUAGAAGUUUAUAAACAAUUUUUUCUCUCAACUUAUCAAAGUGUUCUUUCAAGGAUUAAACAUAACAAUCCAACUUAUAGUAGCAGAUACUAAAGAUU